AUGAUUUUAUCUCGUCUUAAACCAGGAAAUGCCAUUCGUAGAAAGGAGGAUCGAGAUCGGAGAAAAAAAGUACCGGAACUCGACGAGUUUCUCUCGAUCCGCGACUACCAGGGAGCAUUGGCCAUUUUGGAGUUCAAAGAGAAAAACGGGGAACGUGAUGGGGCAACGGAUCUCUGGACGGGGCAUUGCCUGUUUCGCUCUGGAGACUAUAAAAAAGCGUUGAAGCUCUACGAAUGGAUGCUUUCACAAGAGAAUUGCCCUCGUGAAGUUCAUACUUAUGCUGGCUGUUGUUUCUUCUUUUUGGGAAUGUACGUCGAGGCGAGGGAUGCAGCUGAUAAAGCUGAAAGGAGUGCCCUACAGAAUCGAUUGCUGUUCUAUGUGGCGCACAAAUUGGCCGACGAGAAACGAUUGUUGCAACACCAUGCACAGUUGAAGGAUUCGAUCGAAGAUCAGCUCUGUCUUGCCUCAUUGCAUUACCUCCGCAAUCACUACCAACAAGCUGUCGAUAUUUACAAAAAGAUCUUGAGCAAUAAUAAAAAUUUCAUCGCGCUCAACGUCUACCUCGCGUUGUGCUACUACAAGUUAGACUACUACGAUGUGGCUUUGGAAGUCCUCCAAGUCUACUUGCGCCAAUACCCGGAUAGUGCGGCGGCGCUGAACCUCAAAGCGUGCUGUAUCUACAAGCUUUACACGGGACAAGCUGCUGAGCUCGAAAUCGAGCAACUCCGUUCACACAGCCUCUACCCGUUCGCCAGGUAUCUCAUCACGCACAACAGUGUCGUUUUCAAGAAUGGCGAUGGAGCGUUGCAGGUUCUACCCGCUCUGAUCGAUGUGAUUCCUGAAGCUCGUAUCAAUCUCGUUCUCUACUAUUUGCGAAGACAAGAGAUCGAACACGCGUUGAGUCUGGUGGAGGAGUUAGAGCCUCAGCAAGCGCCCGAGUUUAUCAUCAAAGCCAUCACUUUUACGCAUAUCGGACAAAUGAAAGGAUCGAAAGAGCACCUCAAAACGGCUGAGCUUUUCUUCAAAAUGGUCGGCGAGUCGCCGGCGGAUUGUGAUACAAUCCCCGGCCGACAAUCAAUGGCCUCUUCUUUUUUUCUUCAAAAGCAAUGGGAUGAGGUGAUCAUCUAUCUCAACUCGAUUAAGCAAUAUUUCCUCACCGACGAUACUUUCUACUUCAACUUUGGACAAGCACAGCUAAUGGCUGGGAAUUAUGUGGAAGCUGAGGCGACUCUUCUGCAAGUACAAGGAGACGAUAAAAGGAAAAAUAUCUACGUGCAAGCAUUGGCUAUUUGUUAUGUUCGCAAUCGUAAACCCCAACUAGCUUGGGAUCUCUAUAAACGCACGAAAAGUACAGCUGAGGCGUUUGCUUUACUCAAAACUAUAGCAAACGGAUGUUAUAAGAUUGGCGACUUUUUCUAUGCUUUUCUUGGGUUCGAUCAAUUAGAAAAAGCCGAUCCAUCACCCGAGCACUGGCACGGGAAAAGGGGAGCCGCCGCUGGGCUAUUCAAGCAAUUGGCUCACGGAGAGGCCACCAGAGAGCAAAUGUCUGAGGUGUUGUCACUUCUCUCGCAAGGUCAUCAUCCUCAGGUCGAGCAAAUCAUUGGCGUGAUCAGAAGAUGGGCUCGCGAGAAUGGAAUCCAUUUG